AACUUCGAGAUUCAUUUUAAUAUACCUGAGACUUAGAAAAAUCGGUAUUCCUGAUACCUAAUUCCAUCCUACCAUCCAUACCUAUCAAUAAUAUCCUCGAUCCUCCUGAGUAACCAUCAACCCCCCUUCGCUUACACCAGCAAGCGCCCGGCCAACAACUCGACCCAAUCAUCCUCCCUCCCCGCAAUAUUUUUUCUGAUAACCACUCGACGAACGUCACUUAGAACUUAGGGGGAGAAACUAAGAAGAAUCUCUGGCCUCUGGUCUCAGCAAGGGAACAUGUCGUCGCCGUUAAAGAAGCAGCCAGAGGCUGUCGCAGAUAAGGUCCUUAAACGAGUGGAAGUUAGCAAGAUCGCCCGAAGGUUACAAGGUCGACUGGCUCUGGCACAAUUCAAGACUAAGCAUGGAUGGGAGGACUUGUCACUCGAUAACAUCGAGCCCAAGAUCGAAGAGGAGAUCCGACGAAAACGUCUCAUCGACGGCGAUGUCCAAUCCGACUCUUCGUCCAGCACAUCAGAGCUACCGUAUCCCAGUAGUAGAACGCUCAUGAGCUCCCCGCUCAAAGCCCCCCUCUUUUCGGAUGCCAUCGGGUCGAGCAAUGGCAGCACCGGUCAUCGCAAGCGCACAUAUCACAUGGCAUCAUUCGAUAUGGAUAUGGCCAUGUCAAGUCCGACUAAGCGAUUCCGUACCUCGCCCACCGCCUACAAGUCUUUCAAUGCUUCAUAUGGACAUGGGUCUUGGAGGACACACCGCCAACUAACCCAAUCCUCUCCUAUCAAGCCACGAAGGCAACAACACUUCACGACGUCUACCGGACCAGAUAUUUCUUUCUUCCAAAGCGCACGUCGCCCCUCUGUGGAUCUUACACCGAAUUUUGCGGCAAUUUCGGAUGAUGAUGACGACCUCUUACCAGCGCAUUCUUUUGCGGUCAACCACCACCAAUCACCUCCACGAACACCUCCUAUGCGCAGCAGGGCGCUCAAUCGCCGGGGCAGGGACAGGAACGCAGCAAACGGUCAGAAAUCUGAAGAGGGCGCAGAUUUGUUACUCUAUCUAGCGGCAUCUCCCUCACCCGCAACACAUUCGACCAAAACUCGUAUGGAUCCCCCUUCCACACCCCCUCCUAAGAAAGACCUUGCACUUCCCUCGUCUAUGAUGACGACACCGGGAGGUGGUAACCUUUUCCCGACCACCCCUGGUCAGCCUUUCGAUAUUUCAGACUUCGUCAAUAUCACGCCCAGCCCGGCACAAAAACCAUGGAAGACACCGCUGUCGCUUAGGACGCCUACAGCGAAGACGCCCUUGAGCGGGGCGAGACGACGGUUAACGUUUGACGAUCCUGUGCUUGGUCUACCUUAAACCUUGCAGGUGUUCUCUUAUUCUACUAGUAUUUAAUGUUGGGAUAAUUACGGAUUGCCUUCUCUUCCCUUCCCUUCCCUUCGAUAUCUACUUCGAUGCCCCCUUUUUACUU